AUGCCUGCUGCUGAGUCUCCAUUCCCAUCAACUCCGGAAAGCACCGCCGCUGCAGCUCUCCUCCUCCUCUCCGCCACCGUCGAAGCCGCCGACGAGCUUGCUUCUCCAUCUCUUUCUCCUCUGACUUGCGCAAAACUUAAUUUCGACGCCCAGUCACUGAGCACAGGCCGGAAGUUCAAGUCCAAAAUCGGCGCUGAGAAGAGCUCGGUUUCCAGCGGCUCCGGAUCUUGCAUCUCGUCGUCGCCGGAGGAAGUGGUUCCAGCUCACAAGCUCAGGAUCGUCGCUCUCGUUGCUCGCGGCCAUGACAUGAAGCUCAAGAAUUGUUUCGUUUCUGAAUGUCCAGAUUCAAAUUGUUUUCGCCUGAACACAUCAAUGCCAGGAUUAAGCAAUUCCGGAAUUUCAAAUUUUGCGGUGGAAUUUUCUCAGGUUGUGCGGAAGAAGCGGUCCAAAGUCUACUGGACAUCGAUUGAUCGCAAGGAGCUAGUCCUCGGCUACCCGGAGGCUUCCAAAUCUGCGGAUUCCACUGAGACUUCGUGCCUGUCGACCACUUCCAGCGCCGCUUCGAGCGCCCGGAGCCGAUACAGCACCACCGGAACUGCCAAGAGAACAGAGUCUCCCAGCUGCGCAGAGAAGUGGAGGAAGAAGCAAUCCGCGUCAAGCUCCAGCUCCAGCUCCGUAUGCGGCUCAACUCACAUGAAGCACCAAGCCGACUCCAUCCUGAAGCUGCUCUCUCGCGGCUCUUUCUCAGAAGUCAGGAUUCGUCAACUCCUCGGUGACAGUCCUGACACAAGCAAAGCCCUCAGAAUGCUGCUGAGGCGAGAGGAGAUUAAGAGAUCAGGAAGUGGCGGGCGUCUGGAUCCAUAUAUUUACAAGGUAUAA